AUGGCGCAGCAUUCCAUUUUCGAGGGCUUCGAUCCACAAAUCGAGGUUUUCGAGAACUGGAGCGACUUGAAGGAAGUCUCAGCUCUGGAAGAGGCGCUGCCUGCCGGCCACAUGCCGCUGGCUCGACUCCUCCGGCUCACUCCGGAAGAUCGAACCUUCCCUGCGCCAGUGAAG